AUGGACCAGCUGACGGGCAGUUUUCCCGUGGCAGGCAGGGCCAGACUCACUUGCCAGCAGUGUCGAGCGAGGAAAGUGCGCUGUGACGGCGAGGCAGAGGGCUGCGGCGGCUGCCGGCGGCUGCACUUUGACUGUUCGCUCUCGGCCACAUCGACCACAUCGACCACAUCGACCACAUCGUCGUCACUGCCGGCACCACCCCGACAACGAGUGAGCCGCGCGUGCAACAGCUGCCAGCAGCAAAAAGUGCGCUGUUCCGGCACACGGCCGCGUUGUCUGCACUGCGCGCGUCGCGGCGUGGCCUGUGUCUACCAAGUACCGCCGACGCGAUGGCGCCACCGUCGGACAUCGUCGGCUGCAGACGAUGCGAACAUGGAUGCCCCCGUACCACGCCAGCGAUCACCGGCGGCGACGGCAACAGCAGCAAAAGACAACGACACGUGCAUCUCCUGCCGCGACCUCGUGCGUGUCGCCCACGGCGGCCUUGGCAGCCACAACCGGGACGCCCUCCUCGCGCGUGUCGACCACUUUUUGCAGCACGCCUACCCGCUGCCGUCCUACUCCCUCCUGCACCCGGCGACGACGCGCGCCAAAGCGGCCGCCGGCCAGCUGGACCCGGCACUCGCGCUGGCCCUCUGCGCGCUGACGCAGCUGCAUCCGCACAUACGGCAGGCCGACUGGCAUGCCAGCGCGUGCCAGGGGACGUGUCUUGUGCGCGAGACCGAGACGCUCGUCUGGCAGCAGCUGGAGCGGCCGACGACGGCGCGGCUGCAGGCGCUGCUGCUGUGCAUCAGCCACCGCAUGGAGACGGGCCACUUCCAGCGGGCGUUUAUGCUGGUGUCGCUGGCGGCGCGGUCGGUGGCCGCCAUGGGCCUGCACCAGGAGCCUCUGCGCCCGGACGGCGCGCCGUCGGUGCACCUGCAUCACCACCGCCACCACCAGGAAGUGCGCCGCCGCAUCGUGUGGAGCCUCAAGCUGACCGAGCGGUACUUUUCGCACGGCCUCGCGGCGUUUGAGCUGUGUCCCUUUGAGUCGAUUGAUCUGCAGCUGCCGUGCCGGGAGGAGGCAUUUUCGUUUUCGUCCUUGGGGCGGGCGAGUGGCGACGAUGACAGGGCCGACGACGGCGGCGCGCUGGGCGUGUGCGUCCGCCUCGAAAAGAUGCGCCGCGACAUUAUGAAGAUGAUCCGCGCCGUGUGCAAGGCCGACGGCAGCGACCGGCCCGUGCCGGACCUUGUGCCGGACCUAGUGGCGCAGAUCCGCGACAACGAGCAGCGCCUGCACGCCAUCGGCACGCAUUUCCCGCACGGCACGGCCGUCCGCCACGCCGACCUGCAGCGCCUGGUCGCCCAGGCGCCGCAGUGGAUCGCGCGCCACGUCCAGAUGCACCUGUCAUGGCACCAGUGCUUCUGCGACAUGUACCGGCUGCUGCUGCCCGGGUUUUACGAGGCGGCGCCGCCGGCCGUCCUCGCGACCGUCGACGCGGCCGCGCUGGCGUGGGCCGAGCGCGCGUGCGUGCGCCACGCCUGUGCCAUCCUCGACCUGCUGUCGGGCCUCAACCAGAUCAGCGCCGUGCCGCUGCUGCUCGAGUUUGACACGGCCAUCUGCGCCUACCAGGCGGCGCUGGUCGUGCUGUUCAUUGCGCGCUUCGGCCGCACGCCGCAGCGGCCGACGCACGAGUUUGCCGCGAGCCGCGCGGCGCUGUGCCUGGCGGCCAUCAACCGCUUCUUCCCGUCGUCAGCGCUGAUCCAGCCGAUCCGCGAGGAGCUGCUGCGGGCCAUGGACGCGUAUGCGACCGACAGCACGCAGGCCCAGAGUGUCCAGCAGCAGCAGCAGCAGCAGCACCAUCAGGCGGCAGACGCGACCGACGCGUCGCCCGCGUCCAGUGGCACGCCGACGACGGUUGCCACCAUUGCCACCAUUGCACCCCCCAGCAGGCGCCGUCGCCCGGGGCGCGACGGCGACGACACGUCGACCGACGGCAUGGACACGGUCGUCGCCGAGACUGUUCCCGUGGCGGUGAACGUCUACCCGGCCAGCCUUCCCUUGCAGCCGCCACAGUCGCAGCCGUCCUACUCCCAAGCACCACAUCCGUCACAGUCGCCGUCCUUCUUGUCCGACAGCACGAGCCCCGACUUUGUCCCCGCCGACGGUCUGCUCCAGCAGCCGCUCGUCGAAACGGCCGCGUUUGACUUUGCCGCGUCGUUUCCCCUGGCCGAGAACCGCACCGACGGCGACGUGCAGACGCUCGACUUUCCCCUGUUUCCAUGGUACGGGCUGAUGGAGCAGGGGCUGUUGGACGGCGGGGUGUCGUGA